AUGUCUUUUGACGACCGCCGCAUCGCCCAUCAUCCCGACAAGAAGCUUUUAGAGCUCACGCGCAAGUACUACAAAGCCUUCGUGACCCACGAUGCCGACACCACUCGAGCAAUGCAAGCCCCAGGCUACACGAUGACGGACAUCCCCCUCUGCGCAGUCCGCCUCGACCGUGACGCCUGGUACGCCUUAAACAAGGCCUUCUCCAAAGUCGGCGCAUCGGAGGUGGUCACCGCGCUCUCCCUUGCAGGUUCCAGUGACCCCGGCCACAUUUCCGUUAUGGAGGUCAUCACUACUUUCGAGCUUGCGAUUGAUGCACCGCCGGGGUCGGAAGAGAAAUUGCCUGUGGGAGCAAAGAAGGGGGAUACGGUUACCAUGGUGGUGAAUACGACGAUCUUCUGGGGGGAGGGAGGGAAGAUACUGAAGGAGCUUGAGUAUGGGAGAUUGGCUUGGAAAGACUUUGAUAUUGGGGAGUGGGAUCGGGCUGAUCAGAAGGAGAGGGGGGCUAUGAGGGUGCUGAGGUCGAAGUUGUGA